AUGUCAAAGUUUCUAUCAAACCUCUUUACGUUCCAUAAAAAGUCUGUUCAAAAUUCUGAUACAAGACUCUAUCCUAAUGACAGCAUCCUCAUUGCAGAAAGUGAUUCCGAAAAUGAAUAUGUAACGAUACGUAAGACAACAAUAUCAUCUAAUAAAAUUAAAUUAUUCAUAGAUGAUGAUCAAAAAUGUCAUGAUAAGGAAAUGGAUAUCUCAGAUAAGGAGAUGGCAAGUUUUUUCUUGAACUUUAAGCAAACUCAAAAGGUUCCGCAAACAAUCUGCUAUCAAUCAAGGAUAAAGAAAAGUACAAUUUAUCAAGAUAUUAAUCUAAAUGAUAAUAGUCAAAAUCAAAAUUUUGACGAAGAAUACGGUUUAGAUUCCUCACAAUUCAUGAAAUUCGAUGACAAGUGGCAAAGAGCUCAAAAAUUCAGAAAUAGACAUCGUUCAAAAAUUGGUAACGACGAUAAUCAAAUCUAUUUGCACAAGGGAUGGGUUGUCCCUGUGUAA